AUGGAAACAAAAAUUCCAACUUUGUUUCUUAUAAUAGUCUUCUUUUUAAGAGGUGCAUUCGCAGAUUUACCACCUGAAAUACAAAAAUGUAAAUCUACUAAUAAUGAAGAUUGUAUAACCAAAAGUUUUAUGAAAGUUUUGGAACUAUAUCCUUAUGGUAAUGCUGAAUUUGGUUUACCCAAUAUUUCCGCUAUUACGCUUAAAGAACUUAUAUUUGCGGAAAGUGCGGCCGAUUCACCAGUACAAUUAAAUUUUAAAUUCAAUUCUGUAGUCGUGGGAGGUCUGGAGAAACUGAAAGUAUUACGUAUUCAAGGUUUUGAUAAGAAUUUAACGAAACCUUUAGAACUUGAUAUCUUGGUACCGCAAGUCACCAUAGAUGGUGAUUAUAUAAUGAAUGGUAAACUUUUACUCUUGCCCCUAAAUGGCAAGGGUAAAGGUAAAGUGGAUUUUAAAGAUAUAGUUUUCAAGUUCAAAGCAAAAAUAGAAUUGGAACAGCGAAAUGAUAAGAAUUUUGGUAAAAUCAAAAAGCUAAAAUGUUGGUCCAUAGAGCCCAAGAAUAUUAAUGCUGUCAUCAAUGACAAUUGGUUUGAUUUGUGGAAGGAAUUGAAAAAGAAUACAACUAAAGCAGUUGAAGAUGUUGUUACAAAUAUUAUUAGUGGUAUAUUAAAAGUACUAGCGAAAACCUAUAAAAGUAACACGCACCGAUCGAACGCCUGCAAACGCCUAAAAUCGGUCAAUAGAUUAACACGAGUUUAUUUAAAAAAACUAAUAAUGAGAUUUCUUAAUACCAUUUUAAUAAUUACUACAAUAGUUUAUAAAAUAUUUGCUGUUUAUGGUGGAGAUUUACCACCAGAAAUACACAAAUGCAAAUCCAGCGACAAUGAUCAAUGCAUUGGAAAAGCAAUCGAACAAUUAUAUGAACUUUAUCCCAAUGGUAAUCCAGAUUUUGGCAUGCCCAAUGUAGCAGCUCUGAAUUUAACAAAUAUUAAGAUAUCACGUCCCAACAGUAAUUCGGCAAUACAAGUUAAUUUUGAAUUUAUUAAAUGCACCGUAAAUGGUUUAGAAAAAGCGAAAAUAUUACGUACUAAGGGUUUUGAUAAGGAAUUAAAUAAAAAUAUCGAAUUAGACGUCCUCAUACCGAAUUUACAUUUGGAGGGUGAUUAUGAAAGUACAGGAAAAUUAUUGCUCUUAUCCUUAAAUGGCAAAGGUAAAGGUGAUAUACAGUUGAAAGAUUGUAAGGUCGAGGUUCGUGUAAAGGUCGUAUUGGAGAAGCGUAAUGGUAAAAAUUAUGCUAAAAUUAAAAAAAUCAAGGCGCUGAUAGAACCUGAGCAGAUGUUGGUUAAAUUGGAUAAUAUUUUUAAUGGUAAUGCCGUUUUAAGCGAUACCAUUAAUGAUGUAAUCAAUCAAAAUUGGAAAGAUGUUUGGUCGGAAUUGCAAGGUGGCAUUAAUCAAGCUUUGGAAAUACUUAUUAUUAAUGUAAUGAGUGGCAUACUGACUGAAUUGUCAACGGAUGAUUUUUAUGUGGAUUAAUUUUCUUGUAAAAUUUAUAUUAAAAAGUUUUUCUUAUUAAAUCAGAACUUUUUUUAAAAGAAAAAAAUCGAUUCCAAAAU